UGAGCUCCUUUUAAAAGCUGGGAAUAGCUUUGAUCACACAGAGCAGCUGCAUAGUGCAUGUCUAGCUGUAGCUAGCUUAUUAGCAUGCAUAUUACUUUCACAUUUCAAUAAGAGCUAUUGUUACCUAUGAAAAUGGUCUCCUAAAUGUUACAGGAAGCUUCGUAGCUAGUUAACAGGCUCAUAUAUAGCUAGCCAUGCACUUAACAACAGUAAUGUCCAUGCGUUCAGUAAUUAGCCGAUAGAUAAUUUCUCAGCUAGCAAGCAGCUUCAGUGUUAAAAGUUGUUAAUAAACAGACCAUGUCUAGUGAGCUACCUGAGCUAACUGAGCUACCUGGCAGAUUUAGCGUCGCCUUGUGGUAAUGUUAGCGAUAAGCUAAGCUAGCUAUCGUUAGCUAGAUUUGUUCUGGAGGUUUUGCUGGCUUGCUAUUUGGGUGAUUCCAGCAUGGAGUUUUCGCUGUAAGAUGUCUAUGGUCCUCUUUGCCUCAGUGGUGCGGGUGAGGGACGGCCUGCCCCUCUCUGCCUCUACCGACUAUGAACAGGACAAAGGGCUGCAAGAGACCAAGAAGCACCUCAAGGGCCUGUCCAAAAAACUCAGCCAGUUUCCUGACCGCUGCUCUCUUAAGACUGGCCCGUACAAUGUCAAUUUCACCAGCUCUCUGGGAGUGGGCUACUUGAUGGUAUGCACAGAGAACUAUCCCAAUGUUUUGGCAUUCUGCUUCCUGGAUGAGUUGCAGAGAGAAUUCCUUGUCACGUAUGACACCAAGCGUAUUAACAGUGCUGUCAGGCCCUACUCCUUCAUUGAGUUUGACAACUUCAUUCAGAAGACCAAGCAGCGGUACAACAGUCCACGUUCUCUUUCCACAAAGAUUAAUCUGGCUGAUAUGCAGACAGAGAUCAAGCUGCGACCCCCGUACCAGCUCUCUCCUGAAGACUUGAGCUUGAUCAAUGGCUUUUCCCACAGCACUGCUUCCAAAUAUAAAGGCAUAGCUCCUAAUCAAAUGUUGGAGCCUGUCACCCUGCCAGGCAUAGUGGCAUGCAUCCUAAGCAUUCUGUGCGGUGCGCUCAACUUACUACGUGGAGUCCAUGCCAUAGAGAGCAUACUGCAGAACGAGGACGAAGAUUUUAAUUAUGUAAUUGCCUUUUUCCUGGGAACGGCUGCCUGUCUAUAUCAGUGUUACUUAUUUGCAUACUUCUCGGUGUGGAGGAACAUCAAGUCAUUCCUGGCCUUUGCUCUCAUCUGCCUGUGCAACAUGUACCUGUAUGAACUGCGCAACAUGUGGCAGAUCCUCUUCCAUGUCACAGUUGGGGCUUUCGCCACUCUGCAGAUCCACUUAAGGCAGCCGCAGGGCAAAGCUCCUGACUACAAUGUCUGAACACCUACACACACACACACACACACACACACACACACAGAACCUUCCCCAAACAGUAAUACAUAGCACAGUCCCCAGAAGACCGAAUGACAAUGAUGUGAGAGAUGUGGGUCCUGCGCUUUUGGACUUUGGGAGUCAUUGAUCAUCAAACAGACUGAAUGUAGAGUCAACAGCUCAGGAUCCAAUUGCAGUUUAAUUACUCCGGUUAUCUUAUAAUAUGUUCACUGGUUUUGCAUUUUGUUGCAAAUUUUUGAAAAUACAAAAACCUCUAUACUGAUUUUCGUAAGGAUGCAAAUAUUAGGCAUUUAUUUGUAUUUUUUGUUAAUUGAUAUAUCAUUUUUUUAAAUAUAAAAUUGUGAUUAUAGAUUAUAGAUUACACCAGAUAUGCAAGACUUUUUAGUUCAUGGUACAGAUGAAAUAACCCAAGGCCAUGCUGCCAUGAGUACUGCUAUGAUUCUCAACAACACACAGUCAUAAAAGUUGCGUGCAUUGUUUGUUUUUCAAACACAGACUUUCUUUUUCUUUUUUUUUUUUUUUAAUUAUUUUACUAAUUCAUACCGACACAGACCACAAAUGACAGUGUCAUACACUUCAUAUACUUCAAGGCUACUCUUAUCAAAGAGUAUUACCCUAAAAGCGCAUUCAGACCUGGCGUGUGUGUGAGAAUGAUGUGUGCAGUUGUCUCAGUAGUCUGUGCUGCCUGCAGCUUUUUCUGGUUGCUGAUGGAUUCAGCUCUACUCUGGCUCUUUCGUGGCAGAGGAGUGGCCUGCUGAUAUAUAGACUUCUGUUUACCACCAGAGGCUUUCAGCCCUUUCUCAGUUCCCAGUAGGCACCAGCAAACAAAAAAAACUGACAACUGAAUGAAUGCUUCCUCUUAUAUUUAUGUACCUGUUUGUAAAUUGUGCUAAAGAAAAGACAAAGGGGUGACUGAUGAUGUGUUUUUGAAUCUGUGCCAAGGGACCUUCAGUAAAGGUUAAAUACUUAUGUCAUUAUUA